UUCAUCGCACUCUCGUCAGUGUGUCCUCUCCGAGAGAGCUCUCCAAAGUCAGAAAUCCACAGGGAGAGACGGGAGUGAGAGAGAGGGAGACGCAGGGCGAUCGACCCGCCGAGCGCCGCCUAUUAUAAAGAGAGAGCCCGCGACGCUGCCUCUCUUCGCUGUGUAGCGUAAAGCGCAAGCGCCUCGUCGGGAGGGAGGCCGAGACAGGAUCUCCGAGGGUCGAGUAGCCGGCCGGCGAACGCACGCACACACGCGCUGCCUCGGCUGGAGCGAGCGAGCGGGCGAGCUCUACGGCGAUAAUGGCAGCGGGGACGGAGGCGGCGGCGCGCGACUACGGCGGCGUGACGGCCACCGUCGUGGUGACCUGCCUCAUCGCCUCCUCCUGCGGCCUCAUCUUCGGCUACGACAUUGGCGUCACAGGUGGUGUGACGCAGAUGCAGUCGUUUCUGAGCAAGUUCUUUCCGGAGGUGGUGAGAGGGAUGCGGGGCGCGAAGCGGGACGCCUACUGCAAGUACGACAGCCAGCUGCUGACGGCGUUCACCUCGUCGCUGUACAUCGCCGGCGCGCUGUCGGCGCUGGCGGCGAGCCGCGUGACGAGGAAGGUGGGGCGGCAGGGCAUCAUGCUGGCCGGCGGCGCGAUGUUCCUCGCCGGCUCCGCCUUCAACGCCGGCGCCGUCAACAUCUCGAUGCUCAUCAUCGGACGCAUCCUGCUCGGCGUCGGCGUCGGCUUCACCACGCAGUCGGCGCCGCUUUAUCUCGCCGAGACAGCGCCGGCGAGGUGGCGCGGGGCGUUCACCUCCGGCUACCAUUUCUUCCUCGUCCUCGGCACGGUGUCCGCGACGGUCACAAACUACUUCGCAGACCGCAUCCCGGGCUGGGGGUGGCGCCUGUCCCUGGGCCUCGCGGCGGUGCCGGCCGCCGUCAUCGUGGUGGGCGCGCUGUUCGUCCCGGACACGCCCGCUAGCCUCGUCCUGCGCGGCCACCAGGAGAAAGCACGCGCGUCGCUCCAGCGCGUCCGCGGCGCGGACGCCGACGUCGACGCGGAGUUCAAGGACAUCGUCCGCGCCGUCGAGGAGGCGCGCCGGAACGAGGAGGGCGCGUUCCGGAGGCUGCGCGGCGAGGGGUACCGGCAGUACCUGGUGAUGGCGGUGGCCAUCCCCACCUUCUUCGACCUCACCGGCAUGGUCGUCAUCACCGUCUUCUCGCCGGUGCUGUUCCGGACGAUCGGGUUCAACAGCCAGAAGGCCAUCCUUGGCUCCGUCAUACUCACCCUCGUCAACAUGUGCUCCGUCGUGUUUUCUUCCUUCGCCGUCGACCGGGUCGGCCGCCGGGUCCUGUUCCUCGCCGGCGGCACCGUCAUGAUGCUCUGCCAGGUGGCCGCGGCGUGGAUACUGGCGGAGCACCUCGGGAGGCGCCACGCGGCGGCGACGAUGGCGAAGAGCUACGCUGCGGGGCUGGUGGGGCUGAUGUGCCUGUACACGGCGAGCUUCGGCAUGUCGUGGGGGCCCCUCAAAUGGGUGGUGCCGAGCGAGAUCUACCCGGUGGAGGUCCGGUCGGCGGGGCAGGCCCUGGGCCUGUCCAUCUCGCUCACCCUCUCCUUCACGCAGACGCAGGUGUUCAUCUCCCUGCUCUGCGCCAUGAAGUACGCCAUCUUCCUCUUCUACGCCGGCUGGGUCGUCACCAUGACCGCCUUCGUCGCGCUGUUCCUCCCGGAGACCAUGGGCGUGCCGCUCGAGUCCAUGCGCUCCGUCUGGGCGAACCACUGGUACUGGAAGCGGUACGCCAAGGACGCCAGGAUGGACGCCCAAGUGAACUGCCUCUGACCACCGUGUCUACUGGUUCGUGUGUGUGCGCGUGUGCGUCUUCUUGUUCGUUCAGCUGAAGCAUGAACUGUUGCUUCGUUCGGUUGACCAUACAUGCCAUUUGGUUAAUCUAAACGAUGCUCAAGUUGUGAACAGAUGGUAGCUACUAGCUAGCUUAAUUAUGGUCAAGUGAACAUGUCGGCGUGAGCUGGCGUGCACAGUGUAGACCAACCAGCUAAGCUGAGCUAGCUAGCUGCGUGUCUGCAUGUUUUUUGUUGAUUGAUUAAUUAGUCUGUAAUGGGAAAGAAGGAGAGAUUGCUGUUGAUUAAAGAUUGCUCAAUGAUGAGGAGUGGUUAUGGACCGUUUGGUAGAGCUCUAAACUCUAGAUUCUAGCUCUAAACUUUAACUUCA